GAUUUGCAAGUGAUUAAGAACACAAUCCAACUAAUACAGGAAUAAUGCAACAUCAAAAUGUUUAUUCCUUUCUUCUGGUGUUGAUUGGCAUGUCACUAGCUGGGGUCAUUUAUCUGGGCUUCUCCUCUACCUGGUCUAGCAGGUCAAAGGAUUACCAGGGAAUCACGAUCUUGUCCAAAUCAGAAAUAUCGGGUGAACAAAGGAAGUGCUCCAAUAGCAGUUCAGGAGCAAAGGAGAAUCAGAAGAUCUUGUACUUGCAGUCACCACAAGGACUUUUGUACAAACAGCCCACUGUGGUGGGCCCAGAUGGCCCUGUUUCCCUGACACCAUGGUUGGCCCCAAUUGUAUGGGAAGGUACUUUUGAUCCCACGAUAAUUGAUCCUAUCUACAAACAAAAAAACAUCACUAUAGCUACUACAGUGUUUGCUCUUGGAAAAUACACACAGUUUCUUACUGCUUUUCUGGAGUCAGCAGAGCAGUAUUACUUUGUUGGAUUUCGUGUGUAUUAUUAUGUGUUUACUGAUAAACCAAAGGAGGUUCCUUUAGUAAAACUGGGUAAAGCAAGGCAUGUGGUGGUGUUAAACAUCCCUAGUUCUAACAGGUGGCAGGAGAUCACUUUGCGCAGAAUGAAAAUGCUAGAGAAUCUGAUUGAGGAUCGAUUGGCCUUUCAAGCCGACUACAUUUUCAGCCUUGAUGUAGAUACAAAGUUCUAUGGCCGCUGGGGUGUGGAGUCUUUGGGUCGUCUUGUAGGUGUGAUACACCCAGGCUACUACCAAACACCACGUGAACAAUUCCCAUAUGAGCGUAGGCUAGAGUCACAAGCCUUCAUUCCCUCUACAGAGGGUGAUUUUUAUUAUGGUGGAGCUGUGCUUGGUGGCUUAGUGAAAGAUGUACAUGAGCUUGCAAAAACCUGCCGGGAGCAGUUGGACAUUGAUGCUGCUAAGUCCAUUGAGGCAGUAUGGCAGGAGGAGUCUCACUUGAACAAGUAUUUUCUUUAUAACAAACCCAGUAAGUUGCUCUCACCUGAGUUUCUGUGGCAGGACUUUAAAGCAAAAACAAAUGAGGUCAAAAUCAUUCGCUUCUCUCAAGUUAUUAAAAACUAUGCUGCAGUUCGUCCCAACCCAUAGCAGCUGUUAUCAACUUUUUUUGGUGUUGGCAUAGGUAUAAAAAAUAAAAAAGAAGAUGCCAAGGGUUAAAAUGUAAUUGUUGUUCUUGGAUCACUGCCAGAACUGUUGCCAAAUAAGUUUUCAUUAUUGUAAUUUAACAUUUAAGCAAGACAUAACAUCAAUGAAUUACUUUCAAGAUAAAUAAAAUAAAUAAUACAUAACAUCAAGAGCAAUAACUGCUCUCAGUGAGCAUUUGGAUGAAAAUGUAAUUCAAGUAUAAAAUUGUGGGACAACAUUUAAUGGGAUUAAUGAGAUAAAACAAGGCAUUGUUACUAUAGCAUAAAAAUCACUUGUCUAAAUUUUGGGGGAUUUGGAGUUUAACUAUGUCAGUUCUACAUACUUUGUGAUCAAUUGAACAUUACUGUACAUAUUACCACUUGCAGAGGCAAAAGAAAAUGCAAAGAAAUCCAGUUGAGCUCAAAAUUGUAUAAUUGCUGUAUUCAUGAAUGUUUUUAUGCGAGUCAAAUACAUAUUUUCAUUUUAAAGCUAAUUGAAUGGAUAAUAAAGCUUAAAGUGAAAACAAACAUGGAGAAAUAAUUUUAAUGCUCUUUUCCAUUUACUUUAAUUUCCAUUUACUACAAAUUUUUAUUGUUAAUGACAAAUCCUGAAUGUAUAUAAGAGAUCACGUCUCAUUAUUAGCACUGUGUCCUGUUUUUGAUGUAUGUGGGGAAAAACUUUCACUGUAAUUCCUUAAAGUUAUUUCUAUAUUUCAUAACACAGAUCCAUUAUAUUUACCCAUGCACAAUGUGACAAAUGCUACAUUCAUGUGAAAGAAAGCCUGUGUCCCAUAAGUUCUCUUUAUUUACAUUUUACUUUACAUUGUACUGCCAUUUCAAAUUUCUGCACUAAUACUCAAUGCUUUGUAUGUAUGUUAACAGCCUUUUGCCUGAUUACAUGUUAGU